AUGUCAAUUAUAGUGAACGAAAGUAACGAAAGCGUCGCAAAACGAAUCAAGAAGACAAGCCUGGAUAAGCGCAGACUCCCAUAUGACAAAUGGCCACAAGAGCUGAAGGACGAGGUCAUGCUCAAGCCCGCGCACAUUGAUCUGGAACUAGAGGUGUACGAUCUCAGGCCCUGGAAUGAUGGCUUAGUGGUCUUUCGCAAUAAUGCAUGUUUUCAUCCUAAAUGCGACGGUAAACCGGUAGAGGACCGAACCGAGCACGUGCGGCAGCACUUCAGUCAUCCUGAGACGCGGGCAGAAUAUCAGAAAUAUGAAUGCCCGAUAUGCGCUCUUCAGUACAAGUCCUUGGGACCGUUGAAAAACCACAUCAACGCCAACCAUACGCACGAAGAAAGCUGGACGUGUCCGCGCCCGGGUUGCGAUACCGUCGUGUACAGCAGCGCCCUUCUCAAGCUGCACGAACGUUUACAACAUGCGUCCGAUGCAAAGUCCGCAUCGCAUGCGGUGACUCAAGGGGAGGGAGCAGGCAACGGAGCGACCUCACAAGGUGACUCGUCUUCUGCAGUGCCCAAAAUCACUUUGGGCAAGCGGCGCGAGAGGUCGAUCGGGGCGGGCGAGCGCCAAGCCAAACUCAAAUCGCGAAGGACAGAGGUCGACAUGCUGGCCGACUCGCGCGAGGCUUCAGUUGAGUCUGAUGGAGAACCAGUGGAAUUUCAAGACAUACCGCUUGCCUGGCAGGUCGUGGCGCAGUCACGCUCGAGGGAGGGGUCACAGGACGCGGGGCUCGGGGAGCUACCCGAUAAUGGCGGCGCGCCAACUGCUGCCAUGCCUGCCCCGCCGUCCUCUCUGCCCGAGUCUUCGACUCCCUUGCAAGAGUGUCCGUAUUUCGCGGAUUUGACGCCGCUCGCACCGCCCGAGGCGCUCGUCGACACCAUCAGCGAUGUUGCCUCCUGGCCCGAACUCGACUGGGGGCAAUUCGAGCCUCUUGUCCCCACCGAGCCGCCAACCGGCUUUCCAACUGCGCCCCCGUCGUCGGAAAAUCCCUCCCAACCACCAGCACCUCCGCUCGUACACGAUACUCCAGCCCCUCCGCCUAUCGAUUCCUUCAUCACCCCCUGGGAAACCCACCCCAUCGACCUUGGCGACAUGUCGCUCGCUCUUCCCGCGGAAUGCGCCCCGUCUUCGCAUUCCGCGCCCGUUCCGUCUGCACCGCCCCGGGCUCUCGAUGCCACCGUCGACGGCGAGCAGCCGACUCUCCCGGACGACGGCUCGUCGGUUCACCCUCUCGACGAAUGGUGGGUCAACGCUCUUUGUGAUCCGCUCAUGUCCAUAUCAGAGUUGCCAAGCUCGAUAUUCUCCCUCGAGACGAUGCAGCCGAGUUCGACAGGGAACGCUGCCUCGGGAUCUUCGAGCAUGACCCCCAUCGGAACCUUCGACGUCUGCUCCCGAGCUGCUGCUCGACAAGAUGCUGCUGCCCGAGGAGGGGCGAGCUGA